GCGGCAGGAAACACGUGGCUGCGCUGCAGCUGUGUCCCUGGGGGAUGCGCGCAGGCAGUCUGGCCGCCGGGGCCUGGCUUCGGUGUAAGUGGGGAUUUUGCGUUACCAUGUGCUACCUGUGCGAGAUCUGGAGCUGUAAGCGAAAGGCCGUAUUUUAAACGGGAUUAUUUACUGGCAUUAGCGGGUUGUAUACCUAAAGUGAAGUUUUUCUUACCAUGCAGAAAAAUAGAGGUCGGACCGGUAGAAAGAGAAGAAGAAAACAAUUUAGCAGUUUGCCUUCAAAUGGAGUAAACCAGAGUCACAUACUGGAAUAUAUACAACUUAGGAAGUGGCUGAAAGAGAGGGGGUUUGAGGACCGUAAUUUAAGACCAGCACAGUUUUCAGAUACGGGAAGAGGCCUAAUGACCACAAAAGCCUUUCAGGCAGGGGAACUGAUUAUUUCGUUGCCGGAGAAAUGCUUGCUCACCACUGGUACUGUCCUUAGCAGCUACCUUGGGGAACACAUUGCAAAGUGGAAGCCUCCCAUAUCUCCUUUGAUAGCACUGUGCACAUUUUUAAUAGCUGAGAAAUAUGCUGGUGAGCAAUCUGUGUGGAAGCCUUAUCUUGAUGUUUUACCAAAGACCUAUACGUGCCCUGUUUAUUUGGAUCAAGAAGUAGUGAGACUUCUUCCUGAGCCCUUAAGAAGGAAGGCUCAGGAGCAAAGAACAGUGGUCCAGGAACUGUAUACGUCUUCCAAGUCUUUUUUCUCUUCUCUGCAGUCUUUGUUUACUGAGAAUGUAGAAACUGUUUUUAACUACGAUGCCCUGCAGUGGGCUUGGUGCACCAUUAAUACUAGAACAGUGUACAUGAAGCAUUCACAGAGGGAAUGUUUCUCUAGGGAGCCAGAUGUUUAUGCACUAGCGCCUUAUUUAGAUCUGCUAAACCACAGUCCAAAUGUUCAGGUAAAAGCUGCAUUUAAUGAGCAGACAAGAUGUUAUGAAAUCAGGACAGAUUCACAUUGCAGAAGACAUGAAGAACUGUUUAUCUGUUACGGACCUCAUGAUAACCAGCGACUUCUGCUAGAAUAUGGAUUCGUUGCCAUCAACAACCCACAGAGUGGGGUUUAUGUCUCAGCAGAUAUCCUUCUUAAACAUCUCUUUUCAGCAGACAAGCAGAGAAAUAUGAAGCUUUCCAUUCUAAAGGAUCAUAACUUGUUAGAAAAUUUGACGUUUGGAAGGGAUGGGCCAUCAUGGAGACUCCUCACAGCUCUCAAGUUGUUAUGUCUCGGAGCAGAUGAAUUUACCUACUGGAAGAAAGUCCUCCUUGGUGAUAUAAUUUCAGCCAGAAAUGAAGAGAGGAGUUUGAACAUAGCGGCAAAAAUAUGCUUUUCUUUAAUAGAGGAGACACAGCAGGUCCUUCACCAGAUUUCCCAAAUGAAAAAGGACAAGGUGAACCUUGAAAACCAGCUGGCUUUGGUAGAAGUACUGCGCCUGGAAGAUCUGACAAUCCUGCAAACAUCAGCAGAGAUUCUGUACAACUUGCACACUGCAAUAACUUGACCUGUUCAGAAAGCAGACCAUGACUGUCACAGCUCAGUGGCUUUCACUUACCAGGAACUAGAGGCCUGCUUGCCCCAAACAUUUUUGAUGACCAGUAGCAUCAAGGAAUAAUGUAAAGUUAUGGUGGAAAAGCUGUCCAGUUUCAUUUAUGGGUGUUGACAUCAACCAUAGGGCUAUAUUCUGUGCCUCCCCUCCUGAGAGGCUCAGCCUAGAAAAUGCAGGAGGCAAGAGUGGCUUUGUCACCUUUGUGCCAUCUAGAUUCACGGCUGCUGUGGGGCCCAAAACAGCUGGAAUAAUUAGAACAGUCCCAGGGGCUGAUGGAACUUGAUCUGCCUGGGGACUGGACUAUAGUCCAGAAUCUCCAUAGUGCCAAGCAGCUACUCCCUGGUAUGUCCCUACUUUUGUGGCUUACAAGGGAGGGCAGUGCAGAGCUACUUGUCUCACCCUAUGUUAUUUGUGUGCGAGGGCCAUCCUCUGCUGACCCUUUUGUAUCUCAUUUAUGGUCCCUGGACUUUGCCGGGAUGAUUAUGUAAGAUCUGGAGCACAGGGCAUGUCAGCCCCAGAAUGACUCAAAAACAGUCAUCCAGUGCCCACCCCAAACGCACAUAUAGUACACUGAUGCUGGAGGCUCGGGUAGUAGCCCUCAUGCAGAAGUGUGGCUCUACCUUCCCCCCAUUUAAAACUCCUCCAGAUUGUUGCUAGCCUAGGCGAUUAUUACUGCUCCUCUGCACAACAAAUAGACGUGCUUGAGUGAUUUUGAGCUGUGGUGGUGUAACAGUUUGCAUGUUGGCUGUUCAGGAAAUCCACUCUGAUGCUUUCUACCAGUCCUGAUUGUCACACAGAGAAACUUCCUUCUCCUGUCCCCUUUUUGCCUUUCCUAAUCGAUCUGGCUGGGCAUCAUAAUUGUCGGAGGGUUAGGGUAACUAUUGACAUGAGGGCCAUACCUGUGUGAAUGGUCUUGUAUCUCAUUACUUUUUUGUAUGCUUUCCUGCAGGCCCUCAAUCUCUCACUGUUGUGUUUUCUAGUAUGGGUCUGCUGCAUGUCACCCGUUUACUAGUACUCUGGUAGCUUUGGAAAAGCUAAUGUGGGAUAAAGUCUUGGUCAAGGGAGAUACGUGAGGUGAUGGGCAAAGCUUGAAUAGGAAAGGAAAGGGGAUAUCUUAGGUUCCACGGCUAUGGGAUCGGUAAAAGGACAUAGUUUUCAACUGCCUUUUAGCCAUUUAUCUAUCAUGUGCACAGGGCCUGUACGAUUUGGGAGUUGGCUGACUCACAGAGUUAGAGACAAAAAGGGACACUUAGAGCAUCUAGUCUGACCUACUGUAUAUCACAUCCCUCUAAAUUUCACCCAGUUACCCCUGUAUUAGGCUUUAGUCAAAAAAGUUAUUAGGCUCAUCUUCCACUUUGGCAUCCAGUCUUGACUUGAAAACAGUAGAGAUGGAGAAUCCACCCAUGGUUCCAGUGGUUAACCACAGUCACUGCUAGAGAUUUGUGCCUUAUUUCCAAGUUGAAUUUGUCUGGCUUCUGCUUCAAGCCAUUGGUUCUUGCUAUGCCUUUCUCUUCUAGUUUAAAGACCCUAUUAGUACUCAGUCUUUUCUCCCCAUGAAAGAAUUUGUGCACUGUAAUCAAGUCACCUCUCAAUCUUUUUUGAUAAGCUUAACAGAUUGAGCUCUUUAAGUAUCUCAUUGUGAGGCAUUUUCUCCAGCCCUUGAAUCAUUUUUUGGGCUCCUUUCUGCACCCUCUUCAAACUUUCUACAUUGUUUUUUAAAUUGUGGAUACCAGAACUGUAGGGACAGAAUUCUAGUAUCAGUUUCACCAAUGCUGUGUACAGAGGUAAUAUCCUCCCCCUAUUCCUACUAGUAACUUUGCAUUUGUCUGUAUUAAAAUGCAUUUUGUUUGCAUGGGGCCAGCUUUACCAAGCAAUCCAGAUCACUUUGCAUGACUGCCCUCUCCUUAUUAUUAUUUAUCACUGUGCCAAUCUUUUUGUGUCAUGUGCAAAUUUUAUCAGUAGUGAUUUUUUUUUUAUAUAUUUACUUCCAGAUCAUUGAUGAAAGUAUUGACUAGCGUUGGGCCUACUAGCAAUCCCUGCAAAACCCCACUAGAAACACUGCCUGACAGAUUGCCUCUCAAAGAGUACAUCUGUGGCCUGUGGAGUACAGGCACUACACGUGUAGCUACAGGCUGCAGUGAAAGGCAAGCUGUAUAUACACUUGUUGCUAUGGGGUACAGCUACAGGCUGCAGUGAAAGUCUCCUGCAGCAGGGAAUGGGAAAAGGCUCUGGCAGUGGAGAAGCUUCUGGAAUCUUUCCCUGGUGCUUGAGCCUCUCACUGUGGAGGGAACAGGCUCGGGCAGCGGGACGUGACACUGUUAAAAAUAGCAGCAUAGAUGUGGGUGUGUAGCGAACCUGUGUUGGGUGUAUAUACCGUGUGGUAAGAAACCAAUUAAGCCUGUUAGGUCAGUUUAAAGAACAGGCUACCAGCAGCAAAUUAAGUAAACUGAGAGAAAGAAGAAGGAAAAGAAGAAAAGGAUAUAGUUAGCUCUGAACCAAGAGUAGGCGCCCCAGCUUGAAACAGCUGGGAACCCUUACCGCCAGGUUCUCAUCCUGGCUCUGGGAGAAGAGUGGGGGUUGUUACCUGCUCCUGCAAACCCCACCAUUUUUCACUUUGAAACUUUUUUUUUUCCCUCCACCCCCCCAGGACCAAGUCCCAGCUCCUGUCUCUAAAGGUGAUCUGUUAACUCUGCUUCUGACUUUAAACCCUGUUGUGCCAAAUUAUCUUUAACCACCCCUAACUAAUGUACAACACUGCAGCAGCCCUUGCUGAAACAGCACUUGAAAGAAACCAAACUUGAAAGAUUACUGGCAGCUUCCCAUACUGCUGCCCUUACUUCAAACCUCUUACAAGUGGACUGAAGUGCCGCCUUUCCUGGAAGGCAUCCAGUCCCCAUGGGCAGGGACCUUCUUCCACUACCCAUAUACCAAAGGAGGGUGGGCUCCUCAGCCACCCCCCAUUCCUCUGGGUCCCCUAACACUUCCUUCAUUUCCUUUUUAAUCUCAUUCCAGGCUGACCCCUGCACCUGGUAUGGGCCCUGGUUCUUCCUUAUCCAUUUAUCCAAAAAAAAAAAAUCCUUUACCCUGGCUUGCCAGAACCCGCAACUACCAUCACAAGAGUUCACUAUACCCCCUCCAAGCAGCUGCGUGGACUGUUGGGGAGGGGGACUUACAGGCUGCCACUCACCUAUCCGAUGCGAUGCAUCCAAGUCAUGGCACCAAGAUGUUAGGGGGCUCAUUCCUUCACCCUCCUACUUCCCUGGUCCUUUCCGCAUGAACAGAGAGCAACAAUACCCGAAAUCCAAAGGCACAAACAAUUCAAUGUUUAUUGGGGUGAACUUCCAGCAAGCACGAUUCC